CUACAGUUAUGUACUCAAUGAAAAUAGUGAGAUAGAUGAUCUCACAAUGUGGGGAUAUAAUUUCUGUCAUUUCACCUUUCCUCUUUAUUUGUAUAUUAUAUAUAUCGGCGGUGAAAUGAAAAUCAUACUCAAAAGUGCUUCGCAUUCAGAGUCAAUAAUUGAGAAUCUAAUGAAGUUAGUCAAACUGCAUGAGUAACUAAAUUAUCGUCGCAUAAGUUUGAAUGUGAUUGAAUAACGCGCUGUUUAGAUUUACAUGCUAUAUCGUUGCCAGGAUUUGAUUAGAUUGAAAUAUAUCAUAUUGUUGCAGAAGUUACUCUUGACAUUUGUCCUUGGCAUACGAUAAUUUCAUUUUUGCGGUCAAAGUUAGUACUAAGCGUCCAUAUUUAAGGCGAUGUCUGUUAGUAUCAUGGAGAGUGGGGCAUAUUCUUUAGUGCCGCUCUUAGAGAGGUUUGCCUUAAGUGAUUAAUACGACUGCAAAUUUUGCCGGCUGUGAAGUAUCAGUACGUUUUGUACAGUUUUGUAAAUAUAGAUUUCCCAUGCGAAGAUGGGCCAGCAUGUUUCAAGAACGGAUUUUGAAUGGGUUUAUACAGAAGAACCGCACGCAUCACGUCGGAAAAUAAUUUUAGAGAAAUAUCCACAAAUUAAAAAACUAUUUGGGUAUGAUCCAAAUUUUAAAUGGGUGGUUACAGGAAUGGUUUUAAUCCAAUUUAUAUCUAUGUUCUUUGUGAAAGAUUUUAGCUAUCCAUUGCUAUUUCUUACAGCAUAUUGUUUUGGAGGUGUUAUUAACCAUUCUCUUAUGCUAGCAAUACAUGAAAUCGCACAUAAUCUUGCAUUUGGGCAUUCUAGACUAAUGGCUAAUAGACUAUUCGGAUUUUUUGCUAAUUUACCAAUAGGUAUACCAGUUUCUAUUAGUUUCAAGAAAUAUCAUCUUAUACAUCAUCGAUAUCAAGGAGAUGAAGUAUUAGAUACUGAUUUACCAACUUUGUUAGAAGCAAAAUUAUUUUGUACAACCUUUGGAAAAUUUUGUUGGAUAUGUUUACAACCGUUUUUUUAUGCAUUUCGACCGCUUAUUGUUUAUCCUAAGCCACCUACAUUAUUGGAGUAUAUAAAUUUAGUUAUACAACUUACAUUUGAUGGAUUAGUAUGGUACUUUUUUGGUGGUAAAGUUUUAGUUUAUUUCCUUUCUGGAUCAGCAAUGGCUAUGGGACUGCAUCCUGUUGCUGGCCACUUCAUAUCUGAACAUUAUAUGUAUAAAAAAGGUUUUGAAACAUAUAGUUACUAUGGCCCAUUAAAUUGGAUUACAUUUAACGUAGGCUACCAUAAUGAACAUCAUGAUUUUCCUGCAGUUCCUGGUUCAAGAUUACCUGAGGUGAAACGAAUAGCUCCUGAAUUUUAUGAUAAUUUGCCACAACACAAUUCAUGGGUUUCUGUCUUGUAUGAUUUCGUUAUGGAUCCUGAUAUAGGUCCAUAUGCAAGAAUAAAACGAAAGCAUAGAGGACUUGAUUCAUAAAACUGAAAAAAUUAAUUUUUUUCUUUUGUAUAAAUAAUGAUUAGCAUCUGGAAGUUAACAUUAUCGACAUAUUUAUUGUUAAUUUAGUUUAUUCUAUUCAGUGUUAACACAUUCAUACCAUCUACAUGGGUAAAUCUACCCAUACUAUAAAGACUGUAGUCUGAAAAAGUCGUAAAAACGCUCAGGAUAACAACAAAAUUACAUGGAAAAAUGUAAAUUAUCAGUACGUUCUAUAUUAGAAAAUUUUUGUAAUAUAUCUGAAUGGAAUCCUAAAGCAGAACACUAUAUACGGUUCUGAGUGCUAUAAUAUUAAUGGAUGCCGUAUUUUUAAUGAUUUAUAUUGCGACUUCGCUUUAUCGUAGUCGAGUUGUACCUCCUAUUUCGGGAUUGAACGUACUUUAAUUAUCAAAUCUUGUUUAUCUUCUUUCCUGUUGGUAAUAAAGUAUUUCACAUUUAUAGUAAA